UGGCUUGGGACAGACAGAAAAACAAUUCAGGAGUAAUUUUACUAAUUAUUAAAUUUAAUGUAAUAUUAGUUAAUGCACCUGUGGCAAAAUUCAAUGUGCAUAGUGCAAAUACACCAAUAGCCAUUAAACAAAGAGCCUAAUGAACUAAUCAUCCUAAGCGCACAACAACAUUACUCACACAGUCAGGCAAUGAUUCCAAGGAUAUAAAGUUCCAUAAAUCAGCUUAGUUAGAAACCAUCACCGAUCAUGAACAACAACAACAAUCCAGCGCCACCUUCAAAUGGUGCAAAUGUGGGCGUGGCCGUGGGAGUGGGCAUUAAAUGCGCCCGGAGCAACAUCUUCAAUGUGGACGGAUUGCCCACACAGCUGCAGCAGCUGAGCAUCGACUAUGCCAGCAUCCGUGGCAAGGAUGUCCUGGUGAAUCCCACAGAGUCCCAACUGCAGCUACUCAAGCGGCGUCUCCUCGAUCGCAUUGCGGACAGCUGUGGGGAGACAAUCUACGAGAUUGGCGUGGGCGAGGAUGGCAGCGAUAGUGGCUUGAAUGCCGAGCAGUUUGAGGCCUCCAUGGAGACGCUGCGUCAACUGUCGGUUGCCAUUGAUGCAGACAUGGUCAAGCUGCGGGAACGACCAUCCGAGAAGGGCAAAAUUGGCCAGUUUCUGUUGCGCAAACACAUUGAGACUACGGACUUUAUGGAGAUACGCGUUGCGGUGGUGGGCAAUGUGGAUGCUGGCAAAUCCACGCUGCUGGGCGUGCUCACCCACGGCGAACUGGACAAUGGGCGUGGCCAUGCGAGGCAGCGUCUCUUCAGGCACAAACACGAGAUUGAGAGCGGACGCACCAGCUCGGUGGGCAAUGACAUCCUUGGAUUCGACGGCAUUGGCAAUGUGGUGAAUAAACCCGAUCAUGGCCAUCUCGACUGGGUCAAGAUAUGCGAGAAGUCGGCCAAGGUGAUCACCUUCAUAGAUUUGGCGGGACAUGAGCGCUAUCUGAAAACCACCGUGUUUGGAAUGACGGGACACGCGCCGGAUUUUGGCAUGUUGAUGAUUGGCGCUAAUGCGGGCAUCAUUGGCAUGACCAAGGAGCAUCUGGGCCUGGCAUUGGCUCUGGCCGUACCUGUCUUUGUGGUGGUUACCAAAAUCGACAUGUGUCCGCCCAAUGUGCUCCAGGAUAAUAUGAAGUUGCUCUUCAAGAUGCUGAAAUCCCAGGGCUGCCGUAAGGUGCCGGUUGUGGUGCGCACCCAGGACGAUGUGGUGCUCAGUGCCACGAAUUUUGUGAGCGAACGCUUGUGCCCCAUCUUCCAGGUAUCCAAUGUGAACGGUGACAAUCUGGAGCUGCUCAAGAUGUUCCUCAAUCUGCUGAGCACACGCAUGGCCGGCUCCGAGAAUCUUCCAGCCGAAUUCCAAAUCGACGAUGUGUAUUCGGUGCCCGGCGUGGGAACUGUCGUAUCCGGUACUUGCCUGCAGGGCACCAUCAAACUGAACGAUGUGCUGAUGCUCGGUCCGAAUGCGGUGGGCAGCUUUGUGCCCAUCACCAUCAAGAGCAUCCAUCGCAAGCGGAUGAAUGUGGAGCGUGUGCGUUGCGGACAGACGGCCAGCUUUGCGCUCAAGAAAAUUAAGCGAGCUUAUCUGCGCAAGGGCAUGGUGAUGGUCUCGCCGGAGCUGAAGCCGCAGGCUUGCUGGGAAUUUGAGGGCGAAAUCCUGGUGCUUCAUCACCCGACAACGAUCUCGGCACGCUACCAGGCCAUGGUGCACUGCGGCAGCAUACGCCAAACCGCAUCCAUAGUGCACAUGUCCCGUGAGUGUCUGCGUACCGGAGACAAGGCACAUGUCAAGUUCCGGUUCAUCAAGCAGCCGGAGUACAUACGGGCGGGACAACGUUUGGUCUUUCGCGAGGGUCGCACCAAAGCCGUGGGCAACAUACUGCGUCCCAUGCCACAUGCCGCUGCCUCGCCCUAUCGCCCCAAGCCGGCCAAGAUGCAGUCGCGUGCCCACAACGGCAGCAACAGCGCCAGCAAUCAGCAGCGUCACAGUGGCCAAGGCUCAUCCUCGGCAGCAUCGGCCUCAGCUGGUGGCAGCAAGGAUGCCGGCGAGGACAGCAAACAGAACGGAGAUCGACGCGAGGGCAGCCGGCGAGGAGGCAAGCGGAAACGCAACAAUCGCCCCCAAAUAACCAGCAGCUCCUCAACUGUAACUGCUACAGGAACCGCAGGAGUCGGAUCAGGGGCGCCAGUUAAUGGCAGCAGUUCCUCCAAUCCGGUGGAGCCAACGCCGCCACAGCCAAAACAACAAAACUAGAACUUUGUGGUCCGUCUUCUUCUUAUAUUCAAAUUCAUUUGUUAGUUGUUAAGCUCCAAAGUAUUUUUGGCAAUCCGGUUGUGCGUUGGGAUCGAGGAUAGUUAAGAAAAGUUAAAAGAGAAACUAUUUUGCUACAGCUAACAAAUCACCCAGGAAACAACAUUAGCUCGGAAUUCUGUGUAAAUUUGCAAAAAAAAAUAAAAUUAAUAAAUUUCUUGUUUUCGUCCAUGUAAAGAGAGAGAGAAAAGAAUUUGGUAAGAACUAUUUAAGAAAAAUUGAUUAUGACUUUUCAGAAUAGAACUUUAAGAUUGACUAAUGAAUGAUCUUUUGAAUUGUGCACCUUAUGAUUUCAUUUUGGUUAUUUUUCUACAUUUAAUAUUAUAGUUACGUUGAAACGUAUUUAAAUUACACAAUAAAUUAAAAGUUUGA